AUGAUCUACGAAACCGUCAUCGUACCUGGAGAGGGUUUGGGAAACCACAUAACUCUAGGUGACUCGAUGUUCAACAUAAUCAAGCAGUUGUCCAAUGCCAAUUACAAGCUAAAAAUCAGCUACAGUGACACUGACUUCCUCAACGUUCCUGUGGUGGUUACAGUCGUUAAAUUGGGGAUUAGAUUGACGUUCCGGAAUCAGCGGGAGCAAACUUUGGAUUUAAUUGAGUUGCUUGACUUGGCUAUCGAUGGUCCAGUUCUGGCUUCAAGUGGCGUGGGUGGUGCCAAUAGUGUCAAACGUCACCAGCUCCUUAAGAUUAUAUAUAAGAACGUGAGCUUGAACGAAUUUGAGAACUCUGAGCUCUUGAGUAGCCCACUGAUGGAUCCCGAGACUAACAAUUCGUCAUCGAGCAGCAUUGCAGAGAACAGUUCCUCUUCAUCAAGCACCACCUUAACCAGUGUGGAUUCAAAAGUGUUUGCAAGUUCUAAGAUAACCCUCAAGCUGAUCUACAAUCGGAUUUUUGGCCCUACCUAUCCCGGGAAAUUGAUCAGUUCUAGCCGCUUCUAUGUAUUGUCCUAUCCUGGGGUAUCCUUCAAAUUCAAGAUUUUAAGUGAAGACUUGUUCCAGAAGGUGGCUCCAAGUACAGACUCGGACCCCCAGGAACAAUCAAAAGUUGACGAAUCAAUUCUAUCUUCAUUAUUAAAUUGGGAUAAGCCAGAAGAGAUUGUAUGCGACUCGAUUGCGUUGUACAAAGGAAAUUCCUGGAAUGAUUUUGAUCUCAAGGGAAUCAUGGAUUCAAGAGGACCUGACUGGUUCAAACAGAGUGAAAUCGCUAAGUUGCUGAUAAACUUGGAUGAGGGUAAAACCGAUAUAUGCUUUGGUAGAAGUGGUGCGAGAGACUCUUCAGUAGAAGCAACUGAUGUUGCCUCGUUAAUUAUAGGCCACACGACACAGCAGGAAGUUUUAAAUAUCUUGGGUCCUCCGGAUGACUACUUCAACAAAUCUGACUCCAGAUUACUUAUACAUGAUCACUUACCAUUUCUAAAAGAAGCCGAUUCAACAAAUGUCAUAGAGCAAGACAUUAGCCACUAUAAAUUCCACAAUUACUUCAGGUAUGGCAUUGACAUUUUAUAUGAUCUCAAUAACACCGGCAGUCACAUUGAUCAAAAUAGCUCCAAGACUGUAAUCAAGAAGAUUAUAGUACACAACGGAGGAAUUACUGAAAGUCUCAGCUUCAUGAAAUGGAAUAGAUGUAACUGGGAAAUGACUACAACCUUAGAUGGUCGUAGCGUCAAAAUUGAUUCGACAAUGUAUCUCAAAGAUUUUCCAGAACAGAUUAGGAACUUGGCCCCUGUCUUAUUGAAUAGAAACGAAUCUGAAUUCAUUGAUAAUGAUUUGGAUAUCAUUCAACUUCCUCAGCCCUCCAAUGGACACGCUCGGACAAACAAUGAAUACUCCAAUGGUCCGAAGGUCAAAACCUGGGGCCAAUCGAAGCUUCAUGGGCUUGAUCGUUGUAUAUUUGAGGCUGUCGAUUCGUCAGGAUGCAUUUCCUCGGUUACAAUAUAUUAA